GUCACAAGGAGAAAGGCCACCCGGUCACCAACUACUACCAGUACAGCUUGGGGGUCUUGGCCUUGUGUGUUCACAACAAGAGGACCGAUCCUGAGGUGAUCCGGAAGCUGCUGUCGGCUGAACACCACGGUAGAUUCUCUCACCACCAGACAUUCUCCGUAGACACGGAGGCCAUGGCCGGCUUGGCUUUUGUCUGUUUGGAACAAAGUCCAGGAUACCCCGACGGCCUCCAGGUCAGCGUGAGCAAGGCUGUGAAACGAGCGAAAACAAGGAUCCUGGACGCUCGGAUGGAAAACGGGGUUUACAGGAACAUCUACAGCACACCCCUGGCGGUGCAGUUUUUGAGUGCUGUCGGGAUGAGUCAGAGCCAACGGGAGUUCUCCAGCAGCAUGGCGGCCCUGAAGCAGAGCCUGGAAGAGAGCAGCUUCCAAAACAAUCUGAUCCGGUCACAGCUGCUGCCUGCCUUGUAUUGCAAGAGUUACCUGGACGUUGCCAGCAUGACGUGCGAAACUCAGACAG